AUGGGGGCGGAUCGGCAAAUCUCCUAUGAUGUCUAUCAGAAAGUUGCUGAGAUGGAUUUGUUUGAGGCUGGGUUUGAUGUUGAUUGGGAGGAUAUUCCUGUGCCUAAGUUGGAUGGUGAGUGGAAAGGUGUGAAGCGGGCUUACUGGGUGGUGGACAACUAUCGUCUGCCGCUGUGUCGAUUUAUGGAUUGA